AUGGACUGCCUUUAUCAUCUCCUCCUCUUCCUCAUCUCCUUCUUCGUCUUCACCUGCGAUAUUUCCUCACCUGCGCGCGUGCUGUGGCUCGGGAGCGUUCUGAAGACUCUGCAGCUCUGCUACGUGUCAUCAGCCUCAGCUUCGUCCACCAGUGGCCUCGAUCAUGAUUACAGGUUCACCACCCCGGUGGAGGUCGACUCUCUCGGAAGUUACGUCACUCAUGACUUGUCGAGGACGAGGCGCCGGAGUCGAAGGUCGCUAGAAGAAGUCGGAGGUCACGUGCACUACCAUCUCUCUGCGUUUGGAGAGGAGAUACACUUGGAGCUGCGGCCCUCUGGCGUGAUCUCCGAGGAGUUUACGGUACAGACGUUGAGCGAGGGCGGAGUCAAGGUCAAACGCAUCGACUCGGAUGUUCGGAACUGUUUCUAUCAGGGCAGCGUGAGGAACCACACAGGUUCUUCUGCAGCUCUUUCCACCUGCACGGGACUGUCAGGUCUGAUCCGGAUGUCGAGUGAGGAGUUUUUCAUCACCCCUCUACCCAAACAUUUGGCACUGGAGCACAACUACAGCGCCCCCGCUGGACACCAUCCACACGUCAUUUACAAACGCUCAGCAGAACAGCGCAUCCACGGAUACAGUACAGAUAGAACAGACAAGCAUCGCCACAAGUACCAUCAUCAUCAACAUCAACAUCAUCGACGUCGUCAUGACUACCAGCACGGGAAGUUUCAGAGGCAGCACUUCUGUGGGCGCCGCAAGCAAUACACUCCUAAACCCCCUGCAGAGGAUCACUUUGUAAUGCCUGAUGAGUUUGAGCCUGCAGGCCGAAUAAAGCGCUCACUGAUCUCCUCUAAUAAUGUUGGAGCUCUGAAUGUGGAAACUCUGGUGGUGGCCGACAGGAAGAUGGUGGAGAAACACGGGCGUGAAAACGUCACCACCUACAUCCUCACUAUCAUGAACAUGGUCUCCAGCCUGUUUAAAGACGGCACCAUCGGGUCAGAUAUCAACAUCGUGGUGGUCAGCCUCCUCCUGCUCGAGAAAGAGCCACUGGAUCUCUCCAUCUCUCACCACGCUGAUCAGACACUUAACAGUUUUUGUCAGUGGCAGUCGGGGCUGAUGGGGAAAAACGGCAAGAGACACGAUCACGCUGUUCUCCUCACGGGCCUUGAUAUCUGCUCGUGGAAGAAUGAACCGUGUGACACUUUGGGUUUCGCACCUAUCAGUGGGAUGUGCAGUAAAUAUCGCAGCUGCACCAUAAACGAAGACACCGGACUGGGACUCGCCUUCACCAUCGCACAUGAGUCAGGGCACAAUUUCGGGAUGAUCCACGACGGAGAGGGGAAUCCCUGCAGGAAGGCGGAGGGGAACAUCAUGUCUCCAACUCUGGCGGGGAAUAACGGCGUGUUUUCCUGGUCGUCCUGCAGCCGCCAGUACCUCAACCGCUUCCUAGGCACAGCUCAGGCCUUGUGUUUGGUUGACGAGCCGAAGAUGAUUGGUCAGUACAAAUACCCCGAGCAGCUUCCAGGGCAGAUCUAUGAUGCGGACGUUCAGUGCAAGUGGCAGUUCGGCUCCAAAGCCAAGAUGUGCAGACUCGAAUUUGUCAAGGACAUCUGUAAGUCGUUAUGGUGCCAUCGGUUGGGUCAUCGGUGCGAGACCAAGUUCAUGCCCGCUGCUGAGGGGACGACAUGCGGACCGGACAUGUGGUGUCGUAAGGGGCAGUGCGUGAAGUACGGGGAUCACGGGCCCAAGGCUAUUCACGGUCAGUGGUCAGGGUGGUCUGAUUGGUCGGAUUGUUCCAGAAGCUGCGGGGGCGGAGUCAUGUAUCGGGAACGCUCCUGUAACAGUCCCAGGCCGCAGCACAGCGGGCGAUUCUGCCAGGGUUCGAGUCGACUGUACCAGCUGUGUAACACCGGGCCGUGUGAGCGAGACGCUGUGGGAUUCCGAGCGCAGCAGUGCGCCGAGUACAACAGCAAAGCGUUCCGAGGCUGGUUCUAUAAAUGGAAACCGUACACCAAAGUGGAGGAUGAAGAUAUCUGUAAGCUCUACUGCAUCGCAGAGGACUUUGAUUUCUUCUUUGCGAUGUCCAGCAAGGUGAAGGACGGCACGCGGUGUUCCGAUCUCACGCCGGAUGUGUGUAUCGAUGGUGUGUGUGAGUCGGUGGGUUGUGAUCAUGUUUUGGGCUCCGGUGCGGCUCUGGAUGUCUGCGGUGUGUGUAAAGGAGACAAUUCCACCUGCCGACUCUACAGCGGCCGCUACGACCUCCAGCAUCAAGCCAACGAGUACUAUCCGGUGGUGACGGUUCCUGCAGGAGCUCGUAGUGUCCGUGUUCAGGAGACGGAGAUCUCCAGCGGUUAUCUGGCGGUUCGAGGACAGAAACGCGGCUCUUAUUUCUUGACUUCUGAUUGGACAGUGGACUGGCCGGGAAGAUUCAACUUCGCUGGAACCACGUUCUUGUAUCAGCGCUCGAGUAAUCAGCCGGAGAGCCUGUAUGCCCCAGGUCCGACCAAUCAGACGCUCGUCUUCGAGAUCCUUGUGCAGGGCAAAAACCCAGGAGUGCUGUGGGAAUACACACUUCCUCUACAGGAAAAAAAACACACUUACAAGUGGAGAGUGACCCGAUCAGACUGUUCCGCUUCAUGUGCAGGAGGUCGUGUGUCAGUGAAGGCUGUGUGUGUGCAGGAUGAACAGGUUCAGGUGAACUCCUCAAUGUGUGACUCUCAAAGCAAACCUGCUCUGGCGUCUCAGCUCUGUAACACACAGCCAUGUCCAGCCAGCUGGUCAGUGGGUAAAUGGAGUGCAUGUAGUGUAUCGUGUGGAGGAGGACAGCAAAGUCGCACCAUCCGCUGUCUCAGGAAGGUGAUGUACCAGAGGGAGGAGUUAGCUUCGCCUUCCACAUGUACUUCACCUGUUCCAGCUCACACACAGCCCUGCAAUUCACACUCCUGCCCUCCGGAGUGGGGUACUGGCUCCUGGUCACCGUGCUCGAAGACUUGUGGGCGAGGUGUGAAGACACGGAGUGUGUUCUGCCACAGUGUCAAUCACCUCUCUGGUGUGUCUGUUCUGCGUGACGGCUUGUGCGAACUCCAGCUGAAGCUCAAAUCUCAGGAGAGCUGCGUGAUGAGCCGCUGCCCGAAAAACGAGCGGCUGCAGUGGAUCACCACGGCCUGGGGAGAGUGCUCUGUUACCUGUGGAGGAGGUGUGAGGAAUCGAGAGCUGCGCUGUGCAGAGAGAGACUCUAAUGGAGGAUUUGCAGAGUUUCCCAUCAGGAGGUGUAGAAAUCUCCAGAAACCCCACAGUGACCUCCAGCAGGCCUGUAAUAAAGCGCAGUGUCCUGACCUGCAGCCCCACCUCCCUCCGCCCGGUCUGGGGAGAGCGAACAGUGCCAUGGCGCUCGGCUGGUACUCAUCACCAUGGCAACAGUGUACAGUGUCAUGUGGAGGUGGCGUGCAGAUACGCAGCGUUCAGUGUCUGCGACACGGUCGACCUUCAUCAGGAUGUUUAACACACCACAGACCUGUCAGCUCCAGAGCCUGUAACACACACUUCUGUCCUCCACCAGGACUCACACCAGGACUCACACCAGGACCUGCUCUCAAAGGAGAGAAGUCAUGUGCUGAUUACUUCACCUGGUGCCACCUGGUUCCUCAACAUGGUGUGUGUAACCACAGGUUCUACAGCGAGCAGUGCUGCAGGUCGUGCUCUAUCAAGAAACCGUAGAGCCCGACGAUUUUCCCAUGAGCACCUUCUCAGACUCCAACCACCCUACAGAUUCCCAAACUGGAUUUAGGGUGGAAAAGAAAAUGGACAAAAGAGAGAUGGACAAAAAGAAAGCAAGAGGCUUGGAGGCCUGGUUCUUCCUGAAGUACUUGAUGGGCAAAACACUUU